AUGGUUGAUACACAAGAACGGCCCAGCGAGGGCCCCGCGUGGUACCUGCAGCAAGACGUCCAAGUCGCCCUGCUCUGGCACCAGCUUAAUGCUGUCUGCGCCCAGUUGGCACAGACCAAUCAACAGCUUUAUCUGCAACAGAACCUGAUCCUCGGUCUGCAACAGCAGCGGCUCGAGGACCAGAAGCUGAUCUCGAAUCUUGUGGGCAAGCUGAUGGAGCCUGAGUGCUGCAAAGCCAAGAUGCCGGCAGAAGCAUGUGCUGCCGAGGAGCCCCUGAGCCACAAAGAUUGCUCGGACACAAGCACCGACACUAGGAGCCCUGGCAGCGACAGCGCAGAAAGACCCGAUGCUGAGUGGAUUCUCGUCGUCUUUGACGCAUCGGAGGAGACCGUGGCAACGGAGGGCGCCGGCUCUCCCGUGUCAGAGGACACCGUGGCGCCUUCAACUCCUGCUGCGAUGUGGCUAGGCCCAGACCUGUCGAUUUGCCCCCAGCGCAGUGAUAGCUGCGAUGUGCCUGAGAGUGUCGCUGCAGAGUGCCAGGAAGCUCCAUCCAAGGAGCCGCCAAGGAAAAUUCGGAUCAGCGAAGGCUUCGACAGCGACCCACAGGGCGGGAGAGGCGAUGAGUCGCCCGCAUCCGCGUCGGAUGCCCAAGACGAAGGGGCACAGAGGCCGCGUGGUGAUGUGCAGGCCUUGGCCGAGCGGAUUCAGCCCCUUGGCAUCGAGGGCCGACGGAGCUCAGAGACAGUGACCUGGUCGGCGCUGGGGAAUGACUUGCUGAGCUGGCGCCUGGUUUCGCGACGAACGAGAAGCCCGGAGGCCUUGACAGCACACCUGGCCGAGAUGGGCAGCAUGGACGGGCCAGCUGCAAUUCUCGCUUUCGCAGAACAGUUAGAGCUAUUCGGUGUCAACCCGAAUGUGUCAAAUGAGUCAGCCUUUGAAGGCGAUGCCGAGCAGCAGAAGCUGUGUGAGUGUCGAUUGUGGUGCCUGGCCCUGGCGUCGAAGACCUUCACCCACUUCAGCGAAAGCUACGUUCGCCGCGCGGUCGGCAAGAACCUGCAAUAUGUGCUGCGGCACUGCUGGAGUGCAGAUUCCUCCACUGCUGCUGCCGCCCACCUUAUUGCACACAAUCACGCGAGUGAUGCCCUCCCUUUCGUGGCGCAAAUGAUUGCAGACGGUAUGCUCGCACGCAUGGAAGAGUUGGUCAGGUCCAACAUACGCGCCAACUUGAAACAUGUAGAUUCUUGCGCGAGAAUACUUGAAAAGAUAUUGCGCUCGCUGAGCAAGCCUCAGUGUCAGAAGUGGGUGUCCCUAACGGUCAAGCUGCUGAUGGGCCCUCACGUCACCGACAAAGACAAGGAAAGACUUGUCUGGCAGCUGAAGAUGCUAUGGUUGGUUGACGACGAUCCCAAGCGCACCUAUGCAGAAGCUGAACAGCAGCUUGUCGCCGUUUGCGACUUCGGUGAAUUCAAUAAUGACCUGCUGAGCCUCCUGAACAGCAGCUGA